AUGGCGCUGCUGGUAUCAGCAUCGUUUGAUCUGAAGUCCCUUCUAACGGAACGCAGCUGGACACAAGCGUUACAGGAAGUGUUCAGAGAGAAGUAUUUUAAAGACCUCCAGGAAAGUCUGGGGCAAGAUUAUUCAGGAGCAAAGCAGAUCUUUCCUCCAAAAGAAAAGAUUUUUAAUGCUUUUAACCUGACCCCAAUUGACAAGGUGAAGGUUGUGAUCCUUGGAGAAGAGCCGUACUGCAAUAAAUGGGAGGCGGACGGGCUGGCAUUCUCGACGCCUAAAGGGCCACCUUUUCCCCCAUCUCUAGACAACAUAUUCAAGGAGUUGGAAAAAGACAUCCAAGGGUUCAAGAGGCCUGCUGUCGGAAGUCUAGAGAAAUGGGCAGCAGAAGGAGUGUUUCUUCUCAAUGCUAAGCUCACUGUGGAGGCAGGCACUGACUCCCAUAAAGACUAUGACUGGCAGAAGCUGACUGACCAGGUCAUCAAGAUCAUCAGUGAUCAGUGCCCAUUUGUCGUUUUCAUCCUCUGGGGAAACUUUGCUCAGACAAAGCUCACACUUAUUGAUGAUGAGAAGCACACAAUCAUUGGGAAUAAACACCCCACUUUAGUUAGUAUUGAGACCGCAAACUGCAAAUGUUUCUCUGAAACUAACGCUGCUUUGGAGGAAAAUAGGCACUCUCCAGUAAACUGGUCUCUGGCAUAAACUGGCAACAGAAGUAGAGAUGCCAACCCUCCCGAAUUUAUCAGAAUCAUCCCGAAUAAUGCAUGUCGAUUCCGUCAUUUUUUAAAUUCAUUCCGAUAUAUUUCAAAAUAUAACAAAUAUAUAGAUUGUCGUACUUACUGGAGGGCUAGGAUAAUCUUUGACUAUAAAUAAUGAUGAUUAAAUAAAUAUAACACUUUAUUUACAGACGUUCUCAAAUUGUUUACACAAGGCAGUAAUCCGGAAGUUGAGUAGGCUGCCUGAUAAAUUCCGUGUAUUGUUUAUUUUAUUCACUUAACAUUCACAAACACUGCUGCAGAGUACUGCAAACCGGUUUCGAUUGUAUAAGGAUCGCUUUGUGCAUAUAUAAUUGCAUUGAAAAGUUUCGUUCCUUUAGUGCAACAAUUUAUAGGGAACCCUAAUUCCUAAUUUUCCCUCUAAUGGAGCUCAGAUUUCUAAUUGCACCACUUUGCGGUUGGCAUCUCUGCAGAAGCUGUAGCAGCUGGUCCAUGAAGUGAAAUGAGCUAGACCCUGUAGUGGUAGUAUCCCAAGUUUCCGGUCUUGCAGGGACUGUAUCUCAAUUAUCUGGUCAAGAACUUUCGCAACUGGUCAUUGCGUUGUCAGGAGCUGAAGCAGCGUGUUAUUACGUUGUCAAGCGCUGUAGCAGCUGGUCGUUACGUUGUCAAAGGCUGUAGCAGCUGGUCAUUACGUUGUCAGGAGCUGUAGCAGCUGGUCAUUACGUUGUCAAAGGCUGUAGCAGCUGGUCAUUACGUUGUCAAGCGCUGUAGCAGCUGGUCGUUACGUUGUCAGGAGCUGUAGCAGCUGGUCAUUACGUUGUCAGUAGCUGUAGCAGCUGGUCAUUACGUUGUCAAAGGCUGUAGCAGCUGGUCAUUACGUUGUCAAGAGCUGUAGCAGCUGGUCGUUACGUUGUCAGGAGCUGUAGCAGCUGGUCAUUACGUUGUCAGUAGCUGUAGCAGCUGGUCAUUACGUUGUCAAGAGCUGUAGCAGUUGGUCAUUACGUUGUCAGUAGCUGUAGCAGCUGGUCAUUACGUUGUCGGGAGCUGUAGCAGCUGGUCAUUACGUUGUCAGGAGCUGUAGCAUCUGUUCAUUACGUUGUCAGGAGCUGUAGUAGCUGGUCAUUACGUUGUCAGGAGCUGUAGCAGCUGGUCAUUACGUUGUCAGGAGCUGUAGUAGCUGGUCGUGGCAGCUGUUGCAUCUCGUAAUUACAGGCAUCAGAGCUGUAGCAGCUGGUCCCCACAGUGACAAAGCUGAGGCAACUGUAGAAGGUGGUCAUAACAGUGACAAGAGGUGUAGCUGCUGUAGUAGGUGGUCCCUACAGUGACAAGGGCUAUAGCAGCUGUAGUAGGUGGUCAUAACAGCGACGAGCUGUGAGAAUUGUAGUAGAUGGUCAUAACAGUGACAAGAGCUGUAACAGCUGUAGUAGGUAGUCAUAGCAGUGACAAGAGCUGGGAGAGCUGUAGCAGCUGGGCCCUACAGUGACAAGAGCUAUGCAUGUGGUAGUUUGUAGCUCUCUUCUGAACAGAAGUCCGUCAUUGACAGUUUGUUUGAGAGAGAACAUCAGCAAAAGCCAGUAGCUUGAUAGUAUCGCUUGCUUCAACCAUGAAUCAACAUUGUCAUUUGUGUUGGUGUGUGAGCAUGGUUCAGUGUCUCUUUUAACCAUAUUCCACCAAUAGAAGGGGAAUCCCAGCUAUUGUCGAGAAUGUGUCGAGGCUCUUCAUUGAGUGGAAGUAUAGUACCCUGUAUUACCGAGGACGCAUCCAGUGCCGUUCACUUCUAAACCAAUGCUGCUACAUGAAACUGUCCAUACAGAGGUCAUUGUUGUUUUCAAACAGUUUUACAUGAGACCAACUUUGUCAUUGUUCUUAGAAUCCCAGAUUAUUGUAAUCAUUACUUUAAAGCUAGUAUAGCUAUUUUUAUGCAUUAUCUUGUAAAUGUAACAAGUUUUGUCACUAAUUUAAUCUAAUAUUUAUUUGUUACACCUCUCUUGUUAAUAUAGCAAUUUUUUUAUCAUUGUUUGUAAACUGAUAACUGUAGUUAUUUUCACACAUGUUGUUUUGGUGUAACAUUAACCGCAUAUAUUAUCAGACUAUAAUUUUGGUUGUAAUUCUUCCCCAUGUUUUUUAUUAUUCAAUAAAGCACUUUGCGACA